AUGCGGCCCGUGACUCUGGUGCUGCUGCUGGUGGCCGUGAGCGGUGCCUGUGCCAAGGUCAAUAUCGAACACCCAAAGAACACGGGAAAGUGCCGCAAGGCAGUGAGCAAGCGGUGCCUGUGCAAGCCAGCCGCGGCCAGGCUGUGCCUGAUAUGUGAUGGCACGGGCACGCCGUGCGGCCUGUGCAUCCCAGGCUACUACCCAGACGGGAAAGGCGGCUGCAAGAAGGUGCCGCCGCCGCGCAAGCCGACCCCCAAGCCCAAGCCGAGCACGGGAAAGUGCCGGUCUGCUGCGGCAAGGAAGUGGUGCCGAGCGUGCGACCGCAGCGGGCGGCGGUGCAGCCUGUGCCUGCGUGGCUUUGCCCUGGACCGCAGCGGGCGCUGCGAAAGGGCCGCCGUCGCCCCGCCGGGCAAAGGGGGCAAGCCCAAGCCGCAGCCCAAGCCCGUGCCUGUUCCCCCGCCGGCGGUGGAGGGCUGGGAGCUUGUCGGCAGCCGCGGCUUCACUGCCGGCCCGCUUCCCGGCAAGAGCUUGGCUGUGGAUCCGUCCAGUGGCGCCAUCUACGUCGCCGGGGCUCUGCACGACCCCAAGCAAGGCGCUCGGGACCAGCUGGUGGUUCUGCGGCACACGGCCGCAGCGCCCGGCGCCUGGGUGGCGGCGGGCCCCACCAGCCCUCAAUACUUUGUCAGAGAGACCAACCUGGCCAUCAACGCCUCCUCCGGCGGCCUCCUGCUGGCAUACGACCGCUACUUCGGCGCCCGGGCGGAUGAUGUGGCGGUGUGGCAGGCGCCCGCUGGCAGCGUCGCCGGCUGGAGCCAGCUGGGCGCGUCGAUGCGGGCGGCGGGACCGCUGCGCCUGGUGCUGGCACUGGAUUCUGGCGGUACACCGCUGGUGGGAUACCAGGAGCAGGACAGCGAGUUUCGGGCCACGGUGAUGGCGUACCGAGCCGGUGGUGGCGGCGGCAGGGCCAGGUGGGCCCCUCUGGGCGGCCAGGCCGCCUUCUCGGGCCCUGCCCUUGCCGGCGGUGGCGAGCUGCGGGGCUUUGACAUGGCGGCAGGGCCGGGCGGCCGGGUGUACAUCAUCUACCUGGAGGCAUCGCCUUUCGAGGAUGAGGAGGGGCGGGCCACGGCCAUGUGGUACGGGCCCGAGACGGGAGGGCAGUGGCAGCUGCUAGGCAACCCGGGCCUGUCGGGCGGCAGGGCUGACAGCCUGAGCCUGGGUGUGGACAGCAGAGACGGGGCGCCGGUGGCGGCCUACAUCGACCACAGCAGCGGGAGGAGGGCCAGCACCAUGCGUUACAGCGUGGCUGGCGGAGGCUGGCAGCCGCUGGGCAGCCUGGGAUUCUCACGCCACUCUGUGAGCCAGGUGGUGCUUGCUGCAGGCCAGGGCUCCCCGCACGUGGCCUUCAGCGGCGGCGAGGGCGGCAGGGGCAGUGUGAUGCGGUACGCCGGCGGCAAGUGGCACUACGUCGGUGGCACCCCUGACGUCACCCCCGGCGCCGCCAAAAGCCUGGCGCUGGCUCUGGAUGGGCAGGGGCAGCCGGUGCUGGCAUUCAGCGACAUCCCUGCAAGCCGGGACAGGGUGGUGAGGGAAGUGAGGGGGAAGCUGACCGUGAUGCGGUACCGCAGCGGCGGCAAGCAGCUGCGGCUGCGCUGA